AAUCGUAACAUAUACAGAAGGGCGCUGUUGUUAUAUUUGUUCUUUUGCAUUGCGACGUAUAUCAAGAGGAAAGGUUUCUGGCUGUUUGCAUCAAUCGGUUCCGCGAUGAGUUUCCUUUUCGGGAAGAAGAAAACUACCGCAGAGCUUAUGCGGGAGAAUAAGAGAAUGCUUGAUAAAUCAAUCCGGGAAUUAGAGAGAGAGAGGCAGGGUUUACAAACUCAAGAGAAAAAACUUAUAUUGGAGAUCAAGAAAAGCGCAAAGCAAGGGCAGAUGGGAGCUGUUAAAGUGAUGGCUAAAGAUCUUAUCAGAACGCGACAUCAGAUAGAAAAGUUUUACAAGCUGAAAUCUCAACUUCAAGGUGUAUCCCUCAGAAUUCAGACAUUGAAGUCAACACAUGCAAUGGGGGAGGCCAUGAAAGGUGUUACCUUAGCAAUGGGGCAAAUCAACAAGCAGAUGAACCUGCCAUUGCUCCAUAAGAUAAUGCAAGAAUUCGAAAUGCAGAAUGAGAAGAUGGAACUAACUAGUGAAGUUAUGGCAGAUGCCAUAGAUGAUGCAUUGGAAGGAGAUGAGGAAGAAGAAGAGACGGAGGAGUUGGUGAAUCAGGUUCUUGAUGAGAUCGGUAUUGAUAUUAAUUCAGAGCUUGUUGAUGCCCCUUCAUCAACUGUAGCUGCCCCGGCUGCAAAGAAGAAGGUUGCACAAGUUGAGGCAUCAGGAAACGAUGAUUGUGGGAUAGAUAGCGAACUUCAGGCCAGGUUAGACAACUUGAGAAGGAUGUAACUCACUUGUACUUAUAUUGACUCUUCUGCGGAGAUCAGACAGUGGCUUUUGGACAUUUCUGAUGAACUUGCAACUCAUCUGAUUCUGAGCAGUAUUAUGUAUAGCUGAGGGAAGAAUUGGGUAAAGCCCCAUUGAUAUCAUUUUAUCAGGGAAUUAGCACAUCUCAGUAUUAUGUACAAUAAACUGUGCAGAUCACUCGACAUCAGGAUAAUAUAAGUUCAAUCUUUGGUAUGACAUAAUCCUCAGUACUAUUUAGUAGUUUUCAAACUAAAUACACAUACCAAUUUUCUCUCAAACUCUUAUACCACAAUGCAUAUGGCACCGAUUACUGACUAAUUUGCUGCCAGUACUUGAUACAGCUUCCUAACAUUCUUUAUGAUUAUCAUAUGAUUUCAUCAAAAGCUUUGCAUAUUUGUGCAUUUACACAAAAGGGUCAUUCUCCAGUGUACAAAAGGUAAGUGUAAUAUUUAUCAGUGAUCAGAGGUGGGUUGAUUCUCACCACCAUCCCCCUUUAUCCAGCAACUAUGGCUAGAAAGAA